AUGGAGGGCGCCGAACCCUGCGCGCGGACUGAGCGCCUAGCUGAGGCCGAGGCCGAGGCCGAGGCGCGGACGGCCGACGGCGGGCGCCUGGUGGAGGUGCAGCUGAGCGGCGGCGCGCCAUGGGGCUUCACCCUGAAGGGCGGCCGCGAGCAUGGCGAGCCGCUGGUCAUCACCAAGAUCGAAGAAGGAAGUAAAGCCGCAGCUGUCCACAAGUUACUGGCUGGAGAUGAGAUCGUGGGCAUCAAUGACGUUGGUCUCUCGGGUUUUAGACAGGAAGCAAUUUGUCUGGUGAAAGGGUCCCAUAAGACCCUCAAGCUGGUGGUCAAAAGGAGGAGUGACCCAAGCUGGAGGCCUCAUUCCUGGCAUGCCACCAAGUUCUCUGAUGGCCACCCUGAGCUAGCGGCCUCGCAGUUAGCCUGUGCCAGCGGCUGCCCUUCCUGGCAAGGUCGGCAUCAUGCUAGUUCUUCCUCCCAUGACUUGUCUGGAUCCUGGGAACAGAUGACCACUUUACAGCGCACUUCUGACCACUUUAGUUCUCUGGGGAGCGUUGACAGCCUGGACCACCCCUCCCAGCCCUACCCGUCUGGACGCCUCUCAGCUGCCAAGUCUAACAGCAGCAUUGAACACCUGGGCGGUCACAACAAACGUGACUCAGCAUAUGGUUCAUUCUCCACGAGCUCCAGCACCCCUGACCAUACCUUGUCCAAGGUUGAUGCUUCCUCCACAGAGAACAUCCUCUACAAAGUUGGCCUGUGGGAGGCGUCCAGGCCAGGUAGCAGCCGGCACGGUCAUGCCAUGAGUGACCCUCAGGGCUUGGAGGACAGGCCCCCGUCUUUCCUACCCAGAGUAUCUGGAGACAACAGUAAAAGCCCCAGGCCAGAGGACAGUGCUGAGCCUAAACUGGUAAAUUCUGGGAGAUCCAAUUUUGGGCCAGUCUGGUAUGUUCCUGACAAGAAAAAAGCCCCUUCCUUCUCUCCUCCACCUCCACCACCUCUGCGCAGUGAUAGCUUCACUGCCACCAAGGGCCAUGAGAAGGUUCAGGGUCCUCUGUUCUCAGAGGUGGUCACCAUGCAGCACUUUACAGCUCUGACCCGAGUGCAGCCCCGAGGGGAAUGGAGACCAGAACCAGAAGAUCGGCAGCGAAGGCUGGCACGCUCGAGCAGCAGGAAGGAAACAGGAGGCUCAGGCUUCACACCUGAAGUCCACCUGGACUGUGGUUGGCUGGGUUCCAAUGACAGGGCAGGCAGCUUCCCAGGGGCUCCAGGCAGGCUCCAGGCCUCCCUGUCCAGUACUGAUGUAUGUUUCCCACAGCCUUACCAUGGGGGCCAGCACCCACACCAGUGCAGCGACGAGAGCCCCAAGGCCCCCACGUUGCCAAGGGUGCUGCAGAAUGUGGCUCUGUGUGGAGGCCAGCAGGAGCCUCCUGCCUUAUGCUGCCAGGAUCAUAGCACCCCUUAUGUGAGGUGGCCCAGUAAUACUGACCAGAAGGCAGACACUGGCAGGCAGAGCCAUUACUACUGUGUGCCUGUCAGGCAGCCCAUGCAGGGGGGUGCCCAGGUGCCGCUGCUCCAGGGGGAGUAUUGGCAUUUGGACACGGCCCCAGCCGGCCUUGAGUAUCCUUCCAUGCAGCCGACAGGCCAGAGCUCACGAUGCCACCUACUUCAGUGUGAGGAGGCCAUGGAUGCCCAUGACAGAGAACGGUGUCUCCCACUGAACACAGGGGCUCAAGCCUGCUUUUCAGGUAUCCAAGAGCCUCCCCAAGCCAGCCACACAGAGAAAGCCAGUCUGCAGAAAACCAGUGAUAGCUUCAAGUGGGUGGAUGGAGAGAGCAGCAGGAUCUCUCACCAGAAGACACCCAUGCUACACUCCUUGACCCAGGAGAGGGUGCGCCAGCCUGAGACCAGCCAGGACAGUGGCAGUGAGAAGCUGCCACCAUUUGAUGCUCAGGUGGGGAAACCCACACGCAGAAGUGACCGGUUUGCCACCACAUUGAGGAAUGAGAUCCAGAUGCGCAGAGCCAAGCUGCAGAAGAGCAAGAGCACAGUGGCACUGGCUGGAGCCAGUGAGGCUGAGGAGGACACUGCUGGCUGGAGGGCUGAGGUGGGGGCCAACCCAGAAGGUUCCUUCACCAACAUCUAUAAAGAUCACCUGAAGGAGGCCCAAGCACGCGUCCUGAGGGCCACCUCCUUCAAGCGCCGCGAUUUAGACCCCAACCCAGCAGACCAGUGUUUAGGCUCAUCAGAACACAGGUCUGGAGAUCACAAUGCCUCAUCCUCAUUCCCUGGAGAGCCAGGCCUGACCAAGCCAUCCUUGUCUGGAGGUGGCGUGGCCCACAUUUCACGCAUCGGAGGCCGGAAACGGUUCACAUUGGAGCAGAAACUGAAGUCAUACUCUGAGCCAGAGAAAAUGAAUGAAGUGGGGCUCUCAGGGGACCAUGGUCCUCCAGCACACCCCAGAACACCUGAAGACACUGUGGGCACCUUUGCUGACAGGUGGAAGUUUUUUGAAGAAACAAGCAAACCUAUUAUCCAGAGGCCAGGCCACAGACAAGCUGUCUUUGGGCCCCUGAGAGAAAAGGCAGAGAGGCCUAGGACAGCAGGCAAUGGCUGUGAGCGCACAGAACCUUGGCUCCAGAAGAGGUCACGUGCCACCUCCUUUGGGGAGAUUCUCAAUGGUCAAAGAAAAUCAGAAAAGGCGGCAGGGAAAUUGGACCCACCUCAGAGACUUGGAACCUUUGCAGAGUAUCAAGCAUCUUGGAAGGAACAGAGGAAGCCUCUGGAAGGCAGGAGUUCUGGGAGGUAUCACUCGGCAGAUGACAUUCUGGAUGUGGGUUUGGACCAACACCAGAGGCCACAGUACAUUCAUGAGCGAUCCCGGUCGUCACCAUCCACAGAGCACUACUCAAAGGAAGCAUCUGUGGAACCUCGAAGACAGGCGGAGGACCUUGGUGAGCACCAAGUAGCAUUUCCGUCCACAGUGCGUGCCGAGGAGGGCCACUCCAUUCUUAGCCCUUCUGUGUUCAGCAAUGCCCAGCACCAAGACAGCCAGCAUGUGAAUGAGGACACGUCCUGUCUUAAGCCAGAAGCACUGCUCCCUUCCAAGGUCGGGCACCUGCAGACAUCCUCCAUGGAAACCUCUCGCUCCCCUUCCCCUCAGUUCGCUCCACAGAAGCUGACGGACAAGCCUCCUCUGCUUAUCCAAGAUGAUAAUUCAACAAGAAUCGAGCGAGUGAUGGACAACAAUACCACUGUGAAGAUGGUGCCCAUCAAGAUUGUGCAUUCAGAGAGCCAACCUGAGAAGGAGAGCCGCCAGAGCUUGGUACCCCCAGCUGAGCUGCCCACGCUGCCCAGUGGGCUGGAGAGAGACCAGAUCAAGACUCUGAGCACAUCGGAGCAAUGCUAUUCCCGCUUCUGCGUGUACACACGGCAUGUUGCUGAGGUUGAGGCCCCACACAGAGCCCAAUCACCCGAGCCCCAGGCACCCAGUGCCCCUGUGCCUCCUGUGAAGGACGAGUGUGCCUCUCCUCCUGGCCUUAGCUACAUGAAGGCUAAGGAGAAGACAGUGGAAGACCUGAAGUCUGAGGAGCUGGCCAGGGAGAUUGUGGGAAAGGAUAAGUCCCUCGCUGAUAUACUGGAUCCCAGUGUGAAGAUAAAAACCACCAUGGACCUGAUGGAAGGAAUCUUCCCCAAAGAUGCACACCUCCUGGAGGAAGCUCAACAGCGGCGGAAACUGCUCCCCAAAAUCCCCUCGCCCAGAACUACAGAAGAGAAGAAAGAGGAGCCAAGUGUGCCAGUGGUUGUGUCCCUGGCUACCAAUUCCACCUACUACAGCACAUCAGCCCCCAAGGCUGAGCUGCUGAUCAAGAUGAAGGAUCUUCAGGAGCAGCAAGAGCCUGAGGAGUAUGUAGGGGGUGACUUGGACCAUGACCUGUCAGUGAAAAAGCAGGAGCUCAUUGACAGCAUCAGCCGCAAGCUGCAGGUCCUCCGGGAAGCCCGUGAGAGCCUGCUGGAGGACAUCCAGGCCAACAAUGCUCUCGGGGAUGAGGUGGAGGCCAUUGCAAAAGAUGUCUGCAAGCCCAAUGAGUUUGACAAGUUCCGGAUGUUCAUCGGGGACCUGGACAAAGUGGUGAACCUACUGCUGUCACUGUCAGGCCGCCUGGCUCGGGUGGAAAAUGCCCUCAAUAAUUUGGAUGACAGUCCUUCUCCUGGUGAUCGGCAGUCACUGCUGGAGAAGCAACGAGUCCUCACCCAGCAGCACGAGGAUGCCAAGGAGCUCAAAGAGAACCUGGAUCGGCGUGAGCGCAUCGUGUUUGACAUCCUGGCCACCUACCUCAGUGAGGAGAGCCUGGCCGACUAUGAGCACUUUGUGAAGAUGAAGUCCGCCCUCAUCAUCGAGCAGCGGGAGCUGGAGGACAAAAUCCACCUCGGUGAAGAGCAGCUGAAGUGCUUGUUUGACAGCCUGCAGCCCGAGAGAGGCAAAUGA